GCAGAUCACCAAAGACAUUUCGGUGGUUGGCUUCCACGUUUCUCUCAAUAAUUUCUCCGCUCACUUCUCAGUGCCAACAAUGAAGAAGCUUUCCACCUCCUCCUCAAACCCUAUCAACCAUGGCGUCCCCCUCCUCUUCCUCCUACUAUUGCUCUCGCAAUUGUUGCCAAUCACUUCCCGGAAGUUCUUACGAAGCCACCUAGCCGAUGGCGAUUCCGCAACUUACAUUUGGCCUUUGCCUUGGCAAUACACGUCUGGGAAUCAAACCCUCACCGUUGACCCCAGUCUGUCGCUCGUCGCCACUGGGAGUGGCGGCGGUUCUGUUAUUGUUGCCGAAGCCUUUGAGAGGUAUAAGAGAAUUACUUUCAAGCACGCUGCCAAGUUGCCGGGCAGCGGGAUUGGCUAUGAUCUGACUAAGCUCAAUCUCAUUGUUCACUCCGAGAAUGAAGAGCUUCAACUCGGAGUUGAUGAAAGCUACACAUUGACUAUUGCUGCGGGAAGCGGGCUUUCAAUUAUUGGGCAAAUCACAAUUGAGGCAAAUUCUGUCUAUGGUGCUUUACGUGGCUUAGAGACCUUAAGCCAACUAUGUGCAUUUGAUUAUGGGGCCAAAACUGUUAAAGUGUAUAGGGCACCAUGGUACAUUCAGGAUAAGCCAAGAUUCAUGUAUCGUGGACUUUUGCUUGAUACUUCAAGGCACUAUCUGCCAACUGACAUUAUCAAACGUGUUAUAGAAUCUAUGUCAUAUGCAAAACUCAAUGUCCUCCAUUGGCACAUCAUUGAUGAAGAGUCGUUUCCACUUGAAGUUCCAUCCUACCCAAAUUUGUGGAAAGGAUCUUACACAAAAUGGGAACGAUAUACCAUAGAAGAUGCAUCUGAUAUUGUUAGUUUUGCCAAAAUGAGAGGAAUUAAUGUUCUGGCAGAAGUUGAUGUUCCUGGGCAUGCAGAAUCAUGGGGAACAGGAUAUCCUGAGCUGUGGCCAUCUGCAUCCUGCAGAGAACCGCUGGAUGUUUCUAAAAAUUUUACUUUUGAUUUACUAUCUGGCAUGCUGGCAGACAUGCGGAAGAUUUUCCCAUUUGAGCUUUUCCAUUUAGGUGGUGAUGAGGUCCAUACAGAUUGUUGGAGUUCAACACCACAUGUGAAGCAAUGGCUUCAAGAUCACAAUAUGACUGGCAAAGAUGCAUAUCAAUAUUUUGUCCUCAGAGCACAGGAGAUAGCAAUAUCAUUAAAUUGGACACCAGUCAACUGGGAAGAAACCUUCAACACCUUUCCAGCGAGUCUCAAUCCCCGGACUGUGGUACAUAAUUGGUUGCAAGCAGGUGUCUGCCCAAGGGCUGUUGCACAAGGUUUUAGAUGCAUCUUCAGUGACCAAGGUGUUUGGUAUCUCGACCAUUUAGAUGUACCUUGGGAGAAAGUCUAUUAUGUAGAACCUUUAGAAGGGAUCAAUGAUGUUUCAGAAGAAAAACUCGUGCUAGGGGGAGAAGUUUGCAUGUGGGGUGAAACAGCUGAUGCCUCAAAUGUUCAACAAACAAUAUGGCCUCGCGCAGCAGCAGCAGCUGAACGUCUGUGGAGCAAAAAGGAGUCUACAUCGGCCAAAAAUAGUACAUUGGAAACUUUGUCAAGGCUGGAGUAUUUUCGAUGCCUCUUGACUAGACGGGGAGUACCAGCUGCCCCUGUCACAAACUUCUAUGCUAGGAGACCUCCCAUUGGCCCUGGAUCAUGCUACAGUCAGUGA